AUGUGGUCGAAAGCUCCGGAAAAACUGAACCUUGACUUUUCAAAUACUGUCAUAGAGUACAGUGAGUCAGAGAGGUCGACUCCAGAGGCAGCAGGUACUCCAGGAGCUCCUGGGGCCUCGGAGGGCGAGGGGGGCCCUCCAGCUCCGGCCCCGAACCUCACCAGCAACAGACGGCUGCAGCAGACGCAGGCGCAGGUGGAUGAGGUGGUGGACAUCAUGCGUGUGAACGUGGACAAAGUCCUGGAGAGAGACCAGAAGCUGUCGGAGCUGGACGACCGGGCCGACGCCCUGCAGGCCGGAGCCUCGCAGUUCGAGAGCAGCGCCGCCAAACUCAAGAACAAGUACUGGUGGAAAAACUGCAAGAUGAUGAUCAUGAUGGCGGUUAUAGGUGUUAUAUGUGUUGGAGUCAUCUUCUUGUAUUUCUUCUACUGAGCUGGUCUUCAGGGAUGGACACAAAAGUGGCAGGACGAGUCUGCACCGACACCGCCGAGCCAAAUCCAGCCUCUCCUCAGCGCUCCGCCUGCUCCUCCUCCUCCUCUUCCUCACCGAUGCCUUCCUCAGAGACUCCCGUGCAUGGUCUGUAAUGUGCUCCAGUGCCUCCUCUCUUUUUCUCUGCUCCUCUCCAGGCAGGAACCCUGAGUGGAACAACAGGUGGAUGUAAUGUUCUAGUUUUUAUUUGACCCUGCUGGGAGCACCACGGGGUCUUACUGCAUCGGACAGUUUCAGUGGAGUUCAUUUCUCAGAAAAGUAGACGAAAGUGACUCUUUCUUCCUGGUUUUAAAACAGUAUUUGCUGCAGGUUUAAAAUCCAUUGACCCAGGUUUGCUCAUCAGACGUGUUAAGCAUCUUAUACAUCAUGUAACAUGUUUCUCAUGUAUGUGCAACAGAGGGAAAAAGAUUUCAUCCCCUCAGAAAGGGGAUUUUACACGAGUAAAAGUACCAAUACACUUAUGUAAAUGUAGUCAGUUACAAGAAAGGUCCUAUAUUCAAAAUACUUGAGUAAAAGUACACUAUUAACAGCAAGAUGUAAAGUAUCAAAGUACUUGUUCUGUAGUAAAAUGUCUCCUGAUAUAUUAUUAUAGAUAACAGUGACAGUCAGAUAAAGUCAGUGGAGAGAAAAGUACAGUAUUUGCUUCUGAAGUGUAGUGAAGUAUAAAGUAGCAUAACAUGGAAAUACUCAAGUACAAGUGCCUCAAAUUUGUACUUAGUAACUUUCCUCCACUGUUUACUCAUUGGUUCAUUCAUUGUUGGGCUUUAAAACCAGGCCAUCACUGGUGGAGUUUGUGUUCCCAAACAGAUGGAAAGUGAGUUUUAAUGAGUAACUUGUUGUUGAGGCGGAGGUUUUAAUCAGCUGCUUCUCUUCUCCUCAGGCUAGGAGGUAAUCCCCAUCAGUAACGAAGUCUGCAAAGUUGUAGAAAUACAAAUGUAGAUGUGAGUGACGUGUUCUGGGUUCAGAGGAUCUGGACUAAGAGUUUCGAAGAUGAUUGCAGCAGAUUUGAGCCAAUUGAUGGACAGUUUAGUUUGUUUCAAUAAUGCUAAGGAACUAAAACAGUAUUUGAAAUCUUGGUCAAUGGAUCCUGCUGUUUCCCUCUGUCCUCUUGUACUUGCGCAGUAUUCCUCAGGAACGCUGCCCCCUUGCUGCCAGCAUUGGUACUGCUACUGAUGUUUUUCCACUGUUAAGCAGAAAUCUCAUUUCCUGGAGAAAUUCAGGAACAGUUUAGACUCUUUUUGUUCUCCGUCUGUCUGUCCAGCCUCAGUUUGAGUUAUCGUGGUGCGGCAACAAUCUUGUUUUUAUUCUUAUUGUCUUGUGAUCCAACCUGACUUGUGUUUUGUGCCCUACAGCUGUGGUUUGAAUGUCUGUGUUCCGAACUUGCUUGAAUGUGAUUCCUCUGUAUGAAGGAUUUUUGAGUGGUGUAUCUACCACAGCACUGCAGAUAUUAAAACGUAAGGAUAAAUUACUAGAUUUAAAACUGUGAAAGGGUGAUGUUGAGCAUUAAUCCCGCUGUGUUCAGUGAAAAUUGGGGUCAGUGCUUCUUCAGCGCUGCCGGAUAUUAAAGGUUU